AUGAACAACGCUACGCUGUACAACCAAUGCAACGUUCAGCAAACGACAAGUGCUUCCAAACAUCUUGAGGAGUUUAUGCAUAAAAUCGAAUGGAAAAAGGACUCAAGAGUUCUGGACAUCGGCUGCGGAGACGGAAGCGUCACUAACAAUGUACUUAAGAAAUCAGUCCCCAAUUGCAAGAAGGUGACGGGCUGCGACAUUAAUAAAGACAUGAUUGAUUUCGCCAAGGAACACUUUGCAUCGGAAGACGUCGAUUUUAUUGUAUUAGAUAUUAGUAGCGAAUUGCCAGAUUAUUUACGAGGUCAAUUUCACCACGCUUUCUCGUUUUAUGUUAUGCACUGGGUGCAGAACCAACAAUAUGCGUUCAAAAACAUAUACGAUAUGUUAAAAAUUGGAGGAGAUUGCCUAAUAGCGUUUGUUGCGCAAGCGACGAUAUUCGACGCUUACAAAAUAUUAGCUCAAAAUAAUCGAUGGAGAGAGUGGAUUCAUGGAGUGGAGAGGUUCAUCUCUCCGUAUCACGAAGCAAGGGAUCCAAUAGACAAACUCAGACAAAUUGUAUUGAAAGCCGGUUUCAGCAAGACGGAAAUUCAAUACCGACGAUCGCCAUAUAAAUAUGCCACUUCAGAACUGUUUAGAGGAGGAAUAAGAGCGAUUAUUCCCUUCGCUAUCCCAGAAGAGCACUUCGAAGACUUUUUAGAUGAUUUAUUCGAUGUUAUGCAACAAGUUGACAUCGAAAAAUACAACAACGAAAAAUCUACUCCAGAAUUUGUUCACAACUUUAGUCUUUUCCUCUUGUAUAUGAAGAAGUAA